ACCAAGAAUAAGGAGAACUUUGACUCAAAUAAUGUUAAGAACAAGAAGGAGACGGACAAAGUGAUAAAAGCCAAGAAUUUUAAUGAUUAUCCAAAGAAUGAAAUCGAGAACUCUGUUCAGUUAAAUAUCGACAUCGGGUCGAAAUUGUUUGAGGAAAAUGAGGAAAAUGAGGAAAAUGUGGACCAAAACAAUGUCUCUGAAGAGGAGCCUAAGAAGCAUUCGGAUGAGACUGAUAUUGAAUUAAAGGAACAAACAGACGAUGAAAAAUUGGGACAAAGUUGUGAACAAAACGUCAUUUCUAAUGAUGAAUCAAAUGAUGAAACUCUUAUGAAAGAAAAUCCAAAGUCUGAUGAAAAUGGUAACGAAGAAAAGGAAUCGACUGAACAUACAGUUGAGGAAAUUGUUGACAAUUCUCACAAAGAUUUGAAUGAGAAUUUGGACACAAUUGACGAGAUUUCAGGAGAAAGUAUUGAACAGAACAACACAAAUGAAACGGAAAAUGUUGGCAAUAAUGAUAAUAUUGAAGCCGUUAUUGUUUCAGACAAUGAAUCGCAUAAUGAAAACAACAUCGAA